UACAAAAUCUUCUAAGGAAAAAAGUGGCAAUUUCUUUCUAAUUCAAUAACAGAAAUAUCUGGAUUCAACUCUAAAUCUCCACCACAAAGCCCUUCUUUUUUCAUUUCUGAAGAGUUAUUUCAUGCCUUGCACUAUAAAGGGUGACCUUCUAGCUUCCCUUCCACCAUGAGCUUGUGAAAAUGCUAGAGGGAAAAGCAGUUGUCAGUGAGACUGAUAUGCCAGAGGCAAUGCAGAGCCAUGUUAUGGAACUAGCUUAUCGGGCUCUCGAUCUGCAUGAAGUUUCGGACUGCCAAUCCAUUGCUCAUUUCAUCAAACAGAACUUCGACGAAGCUUAUGGACCAGCAUGGCAUUGUGUGGUUGGCAAAGACUUUGGAUCUUGCAUUACACAUUUGCAUGGAAGUUUUAUCUUCUUCCACGUGGAGAUGAUGGAAUUUCUUGUCUUUAAAGACGGAAAGGACUUCUCUGAAAGCAAGGAAGAGGCUGUAGGAGUUUUGCAGAAAGCAGCCUGAAAAAUUAUAAUUCCAGACUUAUGCAUUGGAGUUAGAUAAGUUGUUUUGCCUCCUGUGAACCUAAUAUACCAGUCAAUAUGGAAUAUCAUACACAUGUACAAGGAGUAAAGACACUAUUUGUGCUUUUAUGUUUCAGCAAAGCAUCAAACUUAUUGCUUAUAAUAAUAAAGCAUCACUCUUAUUACUUGACAAAUGCAUAAACU